GACUCUCGACAAUUAGUUACACUCGUUUCAGUUGAACAUCCACUUUUUCAGAAGGAAUUAAGUUAUCGUCUUUCAAAAAAACUUACCUCUAUCAAACAAAUUAAGGCAGAGAAAUGUGGAAAGAGAUGUUAAGUUUUACACAAACGGCAAGCGGAGCGAAGGAACAAACUACAGACAGACAAAUCAAGAAAUCCGUACCAAAGAAUGACAGGAGGAUUAGUUCACAUAAUUGGACAUGAAGCGGUUUAUUUUCUGUGAAAUCACGAUUGGUUUCAGUGUUCGUGUGUGAUUGAUCGAAAAUAUUUUAUCUCUUAGAGCAUGUAUAAUGCUGUAGUUGUUUUUUCAUUCGAAUCCGACAAGUUUUGAACGAAUUAUAUACACCAAACUAAACCAAGCCUGGCUAAUUGAAAAUUCGCCCAAAGUGCUCUUCAUUGCUCGCUGUAGCGCUCUAGUGUACUUGAUAACAGCCUUUUUUUUGCACUUCUUUACGUGUAUGCUUGUUUCUUUUGGCUUCCAGCUGUCUAACCUUGGUAUAAUGACUGCUCGUCUUCUGCCAGCUCUGCAAGAAUGUUUCAAGAGUGAAUACGUAUCUGUAAGAAUCGAAGCUGCUAUGGCCGCUGGUAAGUUGAAGAUCACUGACAAGGAUGUACUGAGGUCACUAUUACGACUGGCAAGCGAUGACAAUAGCUGGAAAGUCAAGGCACAUACUAUAAAAGCUCUCGGCUCCAUAGGAGUGGUGGAUGAUAAAUUGAUCGAGGUUUUACUUUGGUCUAUUCGUUAUGAGAAGGUUGCCGCUGUACGAGCGGAGGCGUGUAACGCUGUCGCAGUGCUGGGCUUACGGGAUGAGCGGUUACUCAGCGUUCUUCAAGAUCGCCUCGUUGUGGAAACUGAAGAACUUGUGAAGAGAGAGGCGAUCAUCACGUUAGAAUCCCUAGGUGUAGAGCCAACUGGAGAUCUGGAGAUGGUUGAGGCCAUCAGGCAGGAAGUAAGACGGUUAUGUCGAAAGGACGCCAUAGUGGCGCAUAUCCUACAAGAGGACCAAGCAGCCGAGUACACCAGCGACUACAAACGUCUGUUUACUACCGAGACUCAACAAGGCCCUCCUUUGCGCGUUGCGUCACGAGCAACGAAAGCCGGGUCGCGCGCGGUAUCCCGCACGACAAGUGAAUCCUCGCGAGGGUGGGACCCAAUACUCGCCGGUUAUCACGCGCGAGAGAGAAUGUCCAGAGCACCAACCCCUGGGGAUCUAGUCAUGAGGCGUUCUUAUCUCCCCAUGGAUUUAAACAGUACGUCAUCUGAGAAUAGCGGGGACAUGAACAUGGAUAAGUGGGACGAUUUGUCCGAGCACUCUGAUGAUGAAGAGAAGCCUGAGGAUGAAAUAGACCAUGAUGGAGCGCGGGAGGAGAACACAGAUCAAAGAAACGAAGAAGAUUUGAAAAUUGAUAAGAGGAGCGAAUCAACCGUGGGGGGUACUGCUUCGGCAGGGUUGCCUUCCCCGUCAAAGGUCGAACUUUCGGAAGAUCGGGUAGUAGUUAGUACGUUAACUUCAAAUCAGCCCGAUGAAAAUGCCGACCAAGACCCAGAGACAUUGUUCGAGUUCGAGUCCAAUAAGGACGAGCCCGAGCUUCUUCAACUCACUGACGAAACAAGUGAACAUUACGUCACCUCACCAACUGCCUCAGGCUACGAACAUUUUGAAUCUAACGUGGGAGAUCUGGAAUCUGGUAUCGCUCAAAGUGUUCCCGUGUCGUGACCACGUGACAGCGUGACGUCACUGAGAUGAGAAAUAUUUCACUGAACCGUAAUACAAUCUAUUUGCCAGCAUUUUUAGUAAUACCAAAGUUAAUCUACAUGUAUGUAGCCAAUCCAGAUUUAUAAUUAUAAAAUAGUAUUUAUACAUUUAUGUUGUAUAUACGUAAAAAAGAGUUUCAUGUAAAUAGAGAGAAAAAAAGAAAUGUUUCUCACAAUCAAAGAAACGAACAGAGAGCUA